CACCACCGCAACCCAAAACCCCCCCGCUUCCACUGCUCGCCGGCGCCGCGCGCAACGCCGCGCGAUGAACCUAGUACGCUGAAGAGUCCAGAUUCGUAGAAUGGCGCGGCCUAUAAGAGCACGAGCACCCCCCCCGCGCUCGGUUCAGUUUACACGCGGCGUCCACCGAGAGAGACCGACCUCCAAGAAGAGCAAGAAGCGAGUGGGGAACGGGGGAUUAACAAGAAGCUCGAUUCCUCGCUGCUCGUGAAGGAAUCGCUCCCCACGACGACCUGGACGUGUACCGAUCUGACGUGGGUUCAGGACUUCAGGUUUCUUGAGUUCUUGGUUGUGCUGUUCAUGGUGUGGUUCGGUUCCACAGUUCUUGGUUUGGUCUUCCCGCCGAGAAUCUGAUGCGAGAUUCGUCUCUGGGUUCUUGGUUUGUUUGCCUGAUUCGAUGAUUUCAUGCUAAUGAAUUGGUUGCAUUCAUUGUUUCAGCGGUUCGACCUGCAAGAAUUUCGCCUUCCCUGACGAAUUUGAUCGCCUUCCCGCGUUCUGAAACCCUCACGCAUUCAGAGAAAAAAUGGCUUCUGAGUGGGACUCACCAUGCCAGUUUUGUGGCAAGAACUUCAAGAGAAGAGGUGAUCUGCUAAAUCAUGAGUUGACUUGCAAGUACAUUUCGGAUGUGCAUCCGCAAACAGAAUCUUCAGGAGAUGCUCAGGCUCGCAAGGAUAUUUUGGGAUUUCAUAUACCAAGGCAAAAGCGAACAGUUCCCGCAUUCCCAGCUUCUGAUUAUGCUCAGGGUGGCAUCAAUGGUGCAACAAGUGAAGUGAAAGUGGAUUGGGAUCCCGAAGAAGAGACUGAUGUUUUAGAGGCUCUCUUGCUUCUCAGGGAGCAACCUGCCUAUCCUGGAGAAGAGACAUUUUCUGAUGAUGAACCGGGUGCUGGUAAUGUAGACGAUGAACCAGCUGCUAGUAAUAAUCCAGAUCAGGUGCUGAAGAUGUGCUCUGACAAGGGUUCAUCUCCUGUGGAAUGUUAUGGAGGUGAUGAGAGGAGGGUCGGUGCGUGCGCCAUUGCGGGGGUGGAGGAGGAUGAUCUCAGCCCAAAUGUUGGUUGUCGAGGGGUCACCGAUUGUGUUGAUGAGUCUGAUGUGAUUCAAAAGCAAAAAAGGAAGCCUGAUCUUAGCGUUGCCGAUCUCAGGGACCUUGUUGAGAUGAAACAGCAAAACAUGAAGGCUGAUACCAAUAUUCAUGACCAAGGACAUCCUUCUGUGAUGCAGAUGCAAAAAAAUGAGCUUAGUCUUGAUCUACUGCCUCACAAGAACAGUUCAGAUCACGAGGUACCAACCCUUAGUGUCAGCUCUAUGGAUGAUCCCGAUGGCCUGGUUUCCACUGAUACAAACUCAGAUAAGGAGACGGAGACUGUCAAUGUUGGUAUUGAUAUCAAUAUUCCUGAGCAGAGAGAAUCUUCAGUGACGCGGAUGCAAAACGAGAAGCUUGGUCUCAAUCUGCUGCCUCGCAAUGACAGUUCAGGUCAUGAGGUACCAAUCCUCAGUGUUAGCUCUACCGAUGAUCUCAACUCCCUGAUUCCCACUGAUACAAGCUCAGAUAAGGAUACAAACUCAAAUGUAGCAGACAGGUUAGGCCACUGUCCUGCACAAGAGUAGUAGUGGAGUCCUUGUUGCGGUGAAAAAGGAGGUGCAGGCCUAGUGUUUCUGAUCAAACUCUUGAAGUGAAACCUGAGGGUGAAUUCUGAACUGCAGCAAUGAAGGGUGGUUCAGUGUGCGCCUACGUUUUGUGUUUUGUCUAACUGAUGAUGGUUUUUUGAUUCAUUGGUCUUCAUAUUCAUCGGUCUGAGGUGAAAGACAUGAUUUUUGUCUACUGGUAUAUAGUUACAGGCUAUAAUACUCAUACUAUCUUUUUGUUUCGUAAGCAACAAAUGUACAUACCUUUUAUGAAUGGCAAAGUCCAUAUAGUUCCUGUAUUCUUUCCACACUUGCUUCCAUAGUGAAGCUGUGUUGUUCACAUAGAUGCAAGUGAUGAACAUUUUACUACUAAUGAUGUGGAGUUCUAAUGCAUUUUACUUUGGCUUUA